GCCGGUUCCCAAGUGACAAGACUCCGCUUUACGCUGCAUCUCGCAAAAUAAACCGAAAAAGAACAAAACUGCAGUGUGUACAAUAGUGUCGAUAAGGUUUAUUGUGCAGUACCACGUCAGGAUAUCAUGAAAGUGAUUCUGGUUUUGUUCGGUGUCGCGCUUUGCGCGGGCGCUACGAUCGCUGCCAAACUUGCUCCAGCCGACGAUCCUGAAGUGGAGUUGCCUGCUUUUAUGGAAAUAUGUUACCGUGAUAGUCCUGAUCUGGGCAAGUGCAUCAAGAGCUCCAUCCAGCGUAUGCUCCCAGAAAUGCAUACUGGAAUCGAAUCCCUAGGAUUCCCAUCCCUUGAUCCGCACGAAUCAAAAAGUACCUACAUCGACUACAAGCGAAACCAAAUGUCCGCCUCGUUGCAUGUCAAAAAUGCGAAAACGUUCGGCAUGAGCAAGGCCCAGAUCGUUGACGUGCGAGCCACGGCUACGGAUAAGGCGCUGAAUCUGGGGGUGGACGUCCGUUUCCCGGAACUUGUUAUGGAAGGCUACUUCAAGGGUGAAGGACGAUUCAAUAGCAUCAAGCUUGCAUCGAAAGGAUAUUUUAAUAAUACCAUGACUGAUGUUACCACGACAUGGCAACUGUCUGGCGAAGUUACGGAGCGAAACGGUGAACAGUACAUGGAGAUUAAUUCGUUCGAUAUGAGCCCGGAAGUGGGAAAUAUGAAAAUUUACGCCACGGGACUUUUCCCUGAUCCGGAGCUGAACGAUAUUGCCCUGGAGUUCGUCAACCAGUACUGGCCCAUGAUCUACAAGGAGAUGCUUCCGAAUUCACGACAAGUAUGGGAGCCAGUGAUGGUUGAAAUUGUGAACAAGAUUUUCCUUCGCGUUCCUUACCGGCGACUUCUGCCGAAGCGGCAAUAAAAUCUCGCCCUACGGUGUGAAAACUAAGUGUGAGAAGCCCAUUUUUGUAUUAAACUAUUUGAAUAAAUAUUUGAUAAUGUUCUUA